UCCAGGUGACGCGAUUGUUGGUAUUGUAUCUAAACAGUGGAACAAUCGCUGCCGACGGUGGGAGGGGGACAGGUCGUGGUAGAGAACGUGAGCCGAAUCUGGUAGAAGGAACGUGGGCCCACCAUGGCAGAAGGAGGCUAUGAUCCUUGUGAAUGCAUCUGUUCACAUGAACAUGCUAUGAGAAGGCUGAUAAACUUGCUGCGACAGUCACAAUCCUAUUGCACAGACAACGAGUGUCUGCAAGAAUUGCCUGGACCAAAUGCUUCCAAUGACAGUGGAAUAACAUUGUCUAUGAUUAUUAUGGCUUGGGUGAUUAUUGCCCUUGUUUUAUUCCUGAUGAGACCUGCUAGUCUGAGAGGACAUCAAACAGGUGGAAAAUCAAAUGGGCCACAGAAUAAUCCAAGACAAGAUCCCCCUGCUCCACCAGUGGAUUAACUUUGUGCAUAUCUUGCAAUUCAGUCAAGAAACCAAUGACCAAAUCAUUGACUGUGGCCUGAAUAACUCUCAAACUCUUAUUAGUUUACUUAUAUUUUACUGAUAUUUUCUUAAGUACUAAAUAUAGAACAUUGAUCUUAAUAGUAGUACAGUGAAUUGUACCACUUACAAAUUCAAACUUAUAUAUUUGAAACUAAUGAAGUCAUUUCCUUUUACAAAAGCAACUUUGAAUGCUGGUUCAGUAUUCCGACAGAAUAGCUGAUUUUUACCUGAUUGAGGACAGUGCAGAUGAUUUUUCCUUUGAAUCGCACAGGGACAGUGAGAUAUGUGCACAUCUGGCACUGGACCAUCACAUAACACAAACAGGACCAAGCAAAUCAGAUGUUUGUGGCCCAGUAAUACUAAACUGUUAACUUGUAUUUGUGUCAGCAUUUAAGUGAUUAUGGGGUGAGAGGGUGUGGAGGGUGGGUAAGCCGGUUGAGCAUUACUAACUAAAACUUUUGUUUCGGUUUUUCCUUUAAGUUUUUAAUAACUGUAGAUCUUUUACCUCCUUUGAGAUCUCUAUCCAACAAUCCUUUUGUAACAGUUAUACUUGGAGACUACUUGAACAUUUUUAUUACUUUCCUGUAUGAUGCAGUACAUUCCAGACCUCCCCACCCACCCUACCCCACUUUCAAGUUUAUCAGUAUGCUUAAAUUAAAUGUUCUGGUAUUCUGAGGUCAGUAUAGUUACAAUUGCCUUGGUGCCAACCUAUAUUGCAAAUGUAUUAUUUUUUAAAAGAAUCUCACAAUAACUGUCUGUCAUGAGGAUCUUCUGCCUACUUUUGUUAAGAUUCCAGUGCCAACACCAUUGAGUAGCUGCUGCCAAUUUGUCACGUUCAACUGGAUGAUAGCUUAUUCCAGACAUAGUCCACUACCAUAAGAUGCAUAUUAGCAUGGUGCCAGGUUGUGUGUUAUGUAUAGUUUUCUCCAUUUGAUGUUUGUGAUUUUUUUAACAUUCUAUUGAAUUACUUCAUACACAAGUUUAAAAGUGUCAAUUUUUACAGGAAGUGUUGGUACUACCACAUCUGGUAGUCAGUUGUAUUGCUGACUUGAAAGGGACUAGGAGAAAGUGAGGACUACAGAUGCUGGAGAUCAGAGCUGAAUAAUGUGUUAAUGGAAAAUGGAGCAGGAGAAUCGAUGUUUCGGGCAUAAGCCCUUCUUCAGGAAAAGGGACUGUGUGUGAGGCAUACAGAUUACCAGAGUAAAAGCAUAAUACUGCAAAUGCUGGAGAUUUGAAAUGAAAAUAAAGUACUAGAGAAAUGCAGCAGAUCUAGCAACGUUCUUGGAGAGAGAAACAGAGUUAUUUCAAGUUGAAUAGGACUCUCCUUCAGAAGUGAGGGAAGAGUCAUGAGUUUCUACUAUAGAAAGGGGCAAGGAGGAGCCAGUAGAACAAAUGGUAAAGAUAUCCCUCCGCAAGAUGCAAAAGGUCUGCUAGUAAUGGUAGAGAUGUGAUAUAGCUGAAUAAUAGGUAUUAAUGGCAGAAAAUUGAUUAGUUCUGAGAAAACCAUAACUGGGAAUGGAGGUAAAUGGAGAACAAGUUUGUGGUCUGAAGUUGUUGAGUCCUGAAGCUUGUAAAGUACCUAACUGGAAAAUGAGAUGAUGUACUCCAGCUUGCAUGAGGCUUUACUGAAGCACUGCAGGAGGCGCAAAACAAAACAAGCAAUGUGACAUAUAGGAGUGGCAAACCAUAAGACCAUAAGACAUAGGAAUGGAAGUAAGGCCAUUCGGCCCAUUGAGUCCACUCCGCCAUUCAAUCAUGACUGAUGGGCAUUUCAACUCCACUUACCAGCAUUCUCCCCGUAGCCCUUAAUUCCUUAUGACAUCAAGAAUGUAUCAAUAUCUGCCUUGAAGACAUUUAGCAUCCCGGCCUCCACUGCACUCUGCGGCAAUGAAUUCCACAGGCCCACCACUUUCUGGCUGAAGAAAUGUCUCCGUAUUUCUGUUCUGAAUUGACCUCCUCUAAUUCUAAGGCUGUGUCCACGGGUCCUAGUCUCCUCGCCUAACUGAAACAAUUUCCUAGCGUCCACCCUUUCCAAGCCAUGUAUUAUCUUGUAAGUUUCUUUAAAUCUCCCCUUAAUCUUCUAAACUCCAAUGAAUACAAUCCCAGGAUCCUCAGCGGUUCCUCGUAUGUUAGACCUACCAUUCCAGGGAUCAUCCGUGUGAAUCUCCGCUGGACACGAUCCAGUGCCAGUAUGUCCUUCCUGAGGUGUGGGGACCAAAACUGGACACAGCACUCCAAAUGGGGCCUAACCAGAGCUUUAUAAAGUCUCAGUAGCACAACGGUGCUUUUAUAUUCCAACCCUUUUGAGAUAAACGAUUGAAAGGUAGGGGUCAUUCUUGUAGACAGAACAGAUGUGUUUUACAAAGUAGUCACCCAGUCUGCAUGUGUUCUUACCAGUGUAGAGCAGCCUGCAUUGUCAGCUGUGAAUACAAUAAACUAGACUGAAGUACAAGUAAAAAGCUGAUUCAUCUGGAAGGUGUCUUUGGGACCUUGGACAGUGACAAGGAAGGAGAAAAAGAGGACAAGUGUUACAACUACAAUUGGUAGGAAAGACCCAUGGAUUUGAAGAGAUGGCACCUUAUUUUCUGCUUCAGUGCUUUAUAGCUUUCAGGAUUCAACAAUGCGUUCAAUUCUGUCCUCCAUUUUGAUUUGAUUAUCUACACACUUCUUGUUAACAUGGGUUUGCUGUCGGUAAAGCUGAUCUGUUUCUGCCACUAACACUUAAUCGUCAUCUAUAUCUCUUUAGUAAUAUCAUUUGCCCUUUACCUUUUUCUCUGACAGCCUUAUUAUCUAAUUGUUUUACUGCUAGUUCUCUUUCUAGAGCAUAAAGCCCAUCAUUCUUUCUGCCUCCUUCAGUUUGGAAGCAAGAUCAUAACUUGAAUCAUUAACUCUGUUUCUGUCUCCACAGAUGCUGCUUAAACCUUCUGAUUUUGCUUGACAUUUUUAAAAUUUCAGAUUUACAAGUCCCAAGUUUGCCCUCUUGUCUGUGCUACAGUAACUGGUUUAGGCAUGAAAUUUAAAGUGAAGAGAAAGGAAGUUUUUAUCCCAAACUUGCUUAAAGGAAUUUCAUGUGUACAGAUGUUGAUAACAUUGAACCCAGCUAUGAAGUUCCCUGCGGUUGAAUUGCCACCAAGCUAACCAUGUUAAAUCAUAGAACAUAGAACGUAGAAAAAUACAGCACAGUACAGGCCCUUUGGCCCUCGAUGUUGCGCCGAUCCAAGCCCACCUAGCCUACACUAGCCCACUAUCCCCCAUAUGCCUAUCCAAUGCCCGUUUAAAUGCCCAUAAAGAGGGAGAGUCCAUCACUGCUACUGGCAGGGCAUUCCAUGAACUCACAAAAUCAGAUGGAUCAAAACCUUAAUGAGAGGAUGAAAUUGGAAAAAAGCUAAGCUGGUGGUAGUUCAGGUUACUAUUGUCCUAUCAUUCUACAUUUCAAAUGAAUGAUCAUACUUGAAGUAAGUGUAAACUCAUAUCUCUCUCUGUGUUUGAAUACACAGCUUAUUCAAAAUAAAAUUACUUUGUGACAGUAUUUAAUCUACAGUAAGUUAGAUAGGGUUGAGAGAUGAGUAGAAAUGCAUUGUAAGCAAAUUUUAUUCAGAACACUUACCAGCAAUCAAUCUGCACCCAACACUGGUUUUAUAAUCAGUUAUUAUUUUCCUUGUAACAAAGGGGUAUCUCCAAUUUAUUAAAAUCCUUCAAUAGAAAAUUCAUGAUACAUGAACCAUUCGUUCACAUUACAUCUGAGGAGUUCAAGUUCGUUUACCUUUGUAAUUUGUAGCAAACAUGUAAUUUAUUAAUUGGUGGAUUCUAAAUUAAAGACCAAAUUCAUGACUUGCCUGAGGUAGAACCAAUGUUGUAUACAUGGUGCAGUGACUUCUUAAAAGGAGUCACUGACUUUGGCCACUUUUUACCAGAAUAAUUAUAUACCUUAGCUGAGGAUCAAACUUUCUGGAAAAAUGGAAAUAGAUCUUUUUCAACCAUUUAUAAUAUGGGCGGCAUGGUGGCACAGUGGUUAGCACUGCUGCCUCACAGCGCCAGAGACCCGGGUUCAAUUCCUGCCUCAGGUGACUGACUGUGUGGAGUUUGCACAUUCUCUUCGUUUUUGCGUGGGUUUCCUCUGGGUUCUCCGGUUUCCUCCCACAGUCAAAAGGUCAAGUGAAUUGGCCAUGCUAAAUUGCCCGUAGUGUUGGUGAAGGGGUAAAUGUAGGGGUAUGGGUGGGUUGCGCUUUGGCGGGUCAGUGUGGACUUGUUGGGCCGAAGGGCCUGUUUCCACACUAAGUAAUCUAAUCUAAGAAGUAAGCUGAGUGAUCCUUGUGUGAAUAAUGGUUUCUAUUGGAGAAUUUAAAAACAGAUGUAAAUUCCUGUUUGAAUGUGCUCAGUUCCAUGCUUUGUACAUUAUAAGAAGUGGAAACAAAUUAAGUGUAACCUCAGAAUUUAUCAGUAUAGGAAUGCGUGCUAAAUUAUGAAAAUGAAACCACUUUGAUUGUGUCAAUAUCUUAAGAAAAUACUACUAACUAUCUAUUUUGUAUUUUGGUCCCAUGAAUUUAACAGAUCUUCUAGACAUAUCAAAUUCAUGCUGCUUCAUGUUUUAAAGAGAACCUGCUGUUGAAUUAUUUUUAAAAUAACUUAUUUCCCCAAGGGUCAGCUGUUCAUGUCAUGAAUUCCCCCCUGAAAUCUCAUAAUUCUUUUGUUCCACAGUGUAAUUUAGUUUGUGCUGGAAAGAGAUUUCUCAGUUUAUAUGAAUGUUUCUGUCUGUUAGUUUGAAUGGUGUGACAGAUAUCAUACUCUAGAUUACCUUAACAUGUUUUUCAAUACAUUUCUGAGAUAAAUGUUUCCUCAUUUUACUCAGAAAAACUCCAAUUUAGUUUAAUACAGAGAAUGAUGCUGUCUUUGUACAUGAAAGUCAUUUUGUUUCUAAUAUCUUGUUUUGGUUCAAUUUCAAUGGCAACUUUUAAUGGAAAACAUUUAAUUUGAUUAUUUUCACUGAACUAUUUUAUUCCGUGAUUCAGGUCGAUGAUUGACCCUCUUUUUCAUGUCUGUGUAUUGUGCACUACCUGUAAACUUGUACUGAGACUUUUAGUUGAUAACAUUUUAAUGGGUAGCUAUGUCAUCUCAUCAAAAUAUUAUGGUAGGAUUCCAAAAAAAACAGAAAAUGCACAAUCAGUUUGAAGAAUCUCUUUUAUAACUCCAUAUGAGAGAUCGAGAACUAAGAACCAAACACAAGCCAUAACAAGACAGGUAAAAGUUGGAAGGAUGGGAUACUCUACACUUUUUUUCAUAACACUGAAAAUCCACACAUGAACGGGCAACUUGACUGCCUGUUUUCUAAGAUAAAAGAUGUGAAGAUCAAUGCAGAGAAACAAGGUGAUAGUACCUUUGGGAAAGCCUUCCUUAAAUUAAGAGUUGUAAUGUAUCUAAUAUUGUCUUACUGCUAUCAAUUGUUACAGGAGGAUUGGUUCUUUCACAGUGGAAAUAUGUAAUUUAGAAUUCUAAACAUGCCAAAAGAUGAUAUCAUGUAAUUGUUAACAUUGACUGCUUGCUUGAUCCUUGCUGUAGUAUUGUAAUUAGUGCUGUUCAAAGUUUUAAGCAUUAUUAUUGGGAAAAUGGCUUUUAUGAUGCACUUUUUUGUUCAAUAUUAAAUGGUUAUAA